AUGGCCACCGAAGAACCCAUUGUCGCCGUGGAAACUGUUCCCGAACCAAUUGUCACCGAGCCAACAGUCACCGAACCUCAGGUUCCGGAGAAGGAUGAACCAAAGGCUGAAGCUGAGAAGACGAAGAAAACCAAGGAAUCGAAGCCUAAGAAAGCUUCCAAACCACGAAACCCUGCUUCCCAUCCUACUUACGAAGAGAUGAUCAAGGAUGCAAUUGUAUCACUGAAGGAGAAGAAUGGUUCGAGCCAAUACGCAAUUGCGAAAUUCAUAGAAGAGAAACAGAAACAGCUUCCUGCUAACUUCAAGAAGCUAUUGCUCCAAAAUUUGAAGAAGAAAGUUGCUUCUGGAAAGCUUAUUAAGGUUAAAGGCUCAUUCAAGCUUUCAGCAGCUGCGAAAAAGCCUGCAGUCGCCAAGCCGAAGACGAAGACAGCUGCCAAGGCGAAGUCUGUUAAGGCUAAGCCAGCUGCUAAGCCUAAAGCAAAAUCUGUUAAACCAAAGGUUGCUUCAAAGGCUAAAGCUGUAGCUGCGAAGCCCAAAAAAGCCGCUGCCAAGCCCAAAACUGCUGUUGCCAAGACUAAACCUACUGCUGCCAAGCCCAAGGCAGCUGUGAAAUCGAAGUCCAAGCUGAAACCAGCGAAGGUUGCAAAGACAUCGGCCAAGACAACACCUGGUAAGAAAGUUGCCGCUGUUAAGAAAGUUGUUGCCGCAAAGAAAGUUCCGGUUAAAAGUGCAAAGGCUAAAAGCGUGAAGUCACCCGUGAAGAAGGUUUCAGUUAAGAGAGGUGGAAGGAAAUGA